AUGGUAGUGCCCAAAGGCGCUGCUGUACUCGCGCCAGAGAAGCAGCCUGUGCCCGAAGUCGUCGCUGCCCUUCCAGCAGCAUUAGUCCCUGAAGCCGUCGUUAUCGUUGGCGUCCGAGUUGCUGUUGCCCUCGGAACCCAGGUCCCGAAGUCGUCGCUGCCCUCCGAGUCGCGGCUACGGCCCUCAGUUCGCCUGAAGCUGCCACAAGUACCGGAAGUCGCUAGCGCCCUCCGCGAAUCUGCGCACCAACCACUGGUGGAAGUCGUCGCUGCCCUCGGUGCUCCCGAGCAUCAGUCCGUGCCUGGAGCAGCAGCCUGUGCCCGAAGCCGUCGCCCUCCUACUAGCUGCAGUCAGUGCCCCCCGAAGCCGUCACCGCGCUCCGAGCCGCAGUCAGUACCAGAAGCCGUCGAUUUCCUCCGGCAACAGCCAGAGCUUGAAGUCUCACCUAUCUUCCGUGCACCUGAAGGCGAUACCAGCACCGUGGCGAAGCUCCCCAGUUCAGGUGGAAACGACGCCACAGAAGGUGGUGCGAGUGUGUUCGGGCGCGCUACAUCAGAUUCAAAAGGCCGUGGCGGUCCGCAUGCUCGAAGCCUUUUCCAGCAAGACGUGGCAAAUUCACUGCGGAUGUCAGAUGUAGUGAUUGUUGACGAUCUGAAUGUGGCGUUGGAUGCGUGCGACUGGUUGGCACAAGAAGCAGAAAGUUAUUGGAGAAGUGCAAAUCGCCAUGGCAAGAUUCACACCGUUACCUUUGCGUGCAGAAAUCUUGAUCAUGCUGUAGCGUUGAACGGUCGAACGUGGCGUCCACUGUCUGCCGAUACCAUUUGUGAUCUGUAUCGAUCGUUCGAGGCUCUUGAAGUCCAAGCAGCCGCACAACCAAACUGCGUAGUGAUUGAUUCUAAUUUUUAG